AUGUCGCGCUCCAACGUCAUCGUGCUCGACAAUGGUACCGGCUACACCAAGAUGGGCUUCGCCGGCAACUCGGAUCCAUCCUUCGUCUUCCCCACCGCCAUUGCGACUCGCACCACCGCAGCGGGCUCCUCUGGCGGGGCCGGUUCGCGGCCAUCCGUGCCCAGCAAACCAGGAGGACUUUCCUCCUCCUCCUCGCUCGCCUCCAAACGCGGUAUCGAAGACCUCGACUUCUUCAUCGGUGACGAGGCCUAUGCAAACGCAAAGACCUACCAAGUGGACCAGCCCAUUCGCCACGGUCUCAUCGAAAACUGGGACCACAUGGAGCGCUUCUGGGAGCAGUGCAUCUUCAAGUACCUCCGUGCAGAGCCAGAGGACCACUACUUUAUGCUCACCGAGCCCCCGCUCAAUCCGCCCGAGAACCGCGAGAACACCGCAGAGAUCAUGUUCGAGUCUUUCAACAUCAAGGGCCUCUACAUCGCCGUCCAGGCCGUCCUCGCGCUCGCCGCUUCCUGGACCUCCAACAAGGUCACCGACCGCACGCUCACCGGCACCGUCAUCGACUCGGGCGACGGCGUCACCCACGUCAUCCCCGUCGCAGAGGGCUACGUCAUCGGCUCGGCCAUCAAGCACAUCCCCAUCGCCGGUCGCGACAUCACCUAUUUUGUUCAGCAGCUCCUCCGCGAGCGUGGCGAGGCUGCCAACAUCCCGCCCGAGGACUCGCGCCGUGUCGCCGAAAAGAUCAAGGAGGACUACUCGUACGUGUGCCAGGACAUCGUGCGCGAGUUCCGCCGCUACGACGAGGACCCCUACAAGUACUUUGAGCGCUUCCAGGGCGAACACACCGUCACCGGCCGCAAGUACGAGGUCGACGUCGGCUACGAACGCUUCCUCGCACCCGAGAUCUUCUUCAACCCGGAAAUCGCCUCGUCCGACUUCCUCACGCCGCUCCCCGAGGUCGUCGACGGCGUGAUCCAGCAGAGCCCCAUCGACGUGCGUCGUGGGCUGUACAAGAACAUCGUGCUCAGUGGUGGUAGCACCAUGUUCCAGCACUUUGGCCAGAGACUCAAGAAGGACCUGCGUGCGAUCGUCGACCAGCGUCUGGCAGCAAGCGAGACCGCAAGUGGAAGCCUCAUGCGCUCCUCGGGUCUCGACGUCAACGUCAUCUCCCACAAGAUGCAGCGCUAUGCCGUGUGGUACGGCGGAAGCCUCCUCGGCAGUCUGCCAGACUUCUACUCGUACUGCUACAACAAGCAGGACUACGAAGAACACGGCCCCUCGAUCGUACGCAAGUUCUCCGUCUUUGGAAGCGUCUAA